AUGGUGAACCCGAGCACGGAAUCCAUACUAAAUCAGAUGACCAACCUGGCCAUGGACAUCGCCCUGGACUACGUGUUGCCCGCGUCGCCGAUGAGCGACGUGUGCAAGAGCGACCUGUUCGAGUUCGAACGGGACGUAGUUGUCGCGGCCGCUAGCGGAGGCCCGUCCGCCGGAGGCCUGCUCAGCAGCCUGGUGGCUGGCACUGCAGGUACGGCUGGUGGCUGUUGUGGCCGUCCGCCCACCGACUUGUGCAAGAAGAACAGUUAUAUGGGUGCGGCGGGAUGCGACUCGUGCGACGCAUGUCUGGCCAGGAGCGCCGCGGCCGCAGCAGCCGCUGACCUCUACUCGCCGAGCAGUUGUACCGCUACAAGCGGCGGCCUAUGUGCGUCUGCGUCCGCAUCACCGCCAUCAUCGAGUUGCUCAUCCACGACGUCGUCGUCCGCCUCAUCCACACCGUCUCAGCAGCAGACUGCCGAGACGACGAUGGACAUCAGUUGGUGCCAGUUCGACGGGUGCGAGUUCGACACGGCCGACAACAGUUACCUGGACAUUUGUGAUUGGAUAUUCUACGCCGAUCGAUAUGCGCUCACUGACGAGAACCGCGAGAAAGUUCAGAAAGCGUUCCAGAUGGUGCCACCCGGCGAGGUGACCGGUUACGUGGCCGAACCUGCAGCCAAGCACGUCAAGAGGAACAACAACAACGUAACGGCCGCCGGGCGGUCCCCUGUUGGUUGUACGCUGGAUGUCGCCGACUCCCCGGCCGUGGCCGCAGUAGCUGCAGCCGCCGCGGCGGCAGCGAUCGUCGGUGGCGUGACCAUCAAGUCCGAACCAGACGACGAUUAUUUGUGGACCAGCGACAACCACUUGCUACCUAUCAUACUCAAGGCAGAACCCAACGCCGACAUACUCCAAAUUACCGAACUGGACCACAGUUACCUACAGACGCCCACCCACCACCACAGCAACAGCGGCGGUGGCUGCGGCUCGACCAGUUCGUCGACGGCUGUAUCGCCCGCCAAACACCACCCCAACCACUUGGUGGACAUGCUUGGACUCGUCACUCCACCCCCGUCCCGUUCUCAGUCUUCCGAAGAAGAAGAGAUCGACGUGGUCAACGACAGCUGGGAUACGCCCGAUACGCCCCGCAAGGGUGCCACUAUGGCGGACAUAAUGAAACGCGGCAUAGUCAAGAAGCGCGAACCGCCCGUGACCAAGUGGAAGAGCACGGUCAAGCGGAAGCACAAGACCCCCGGGCAGUCGGCCACUGCGGCAGCCGUGGCUGCGGCGUACCCAAUGCCCCCGCCUCCGCCCAAGAAGCUGUGCGGUGGAUUGUCGCUGUUGGACCGAUACAAGAAGGACAACACCAACUGGAAGGGCACGCCCAUCAUUAAGGAUGAACCCGUCAUCAAGGAAGAACCCGUAAUUAAGGAAGAACCCGUGGACGACUACGGUUCGUCGGCCGGCGAUGACCGCAGUGACGACGAUGAGUACGACAACCGACAGCGUCAGCGACGAAAACAGCGGCAACAACAUCAGCAACAACAAAACGCGCUCACGACGACCAUUAAGCCGGAGCCGUUGGAUGAGGAUGAAGAACGCGAGGGCGAUGACGACGAGGACGACGAUUACGACAUGGAUGCGGACUUCGAGUCGCUGAUGAAGAACGAACCGGACGACAUGUUCGACGACGAUUACGAUGAUUACGACGACGACCACGACAUGGAUUGGGACAAAGUGUUGCGGGGCGCGUCGACGUCGAGUGGCGGUCGCAAGUCUUCCGGUGGCUCUUCGUCGUGCAGUUCAUCGUCAACAACCACGGGCGGGGGCCGCAAGAAGAAAAAGAAGAAGAAAAAGAAAACUGCCGUGUCAGGCUCAUCGAAGUCGUCAUCGACAAAACUACAUCACCACCACCAGUCCGGCGCUGGCAAGAAAAUCAAGUACGAGAACGUCGGCGGUGGCGGUUACAGCUACAAGACCAAACUCAUGGACCCCGUCAAGAGGGCGCUGCACAACGACCUGGAGAAGUCGCGGCGCGUCGAGACCAGCAUGCUGUUUAUGAACCUCAGCAUGCAGGUGUCGUUCCUGGACGACAACCGCAAGAUACCGUCCAAGCUGAGCAUACUGCGCGGUGCCAAGCGGGAGUGUGACCUCAUGAUGCUCGACGAGCGACGGCUGCUGUCCGAGAAGCAUGUCAUGCAGCAGAAGCAGCGCAUGCUCCGCGAGCGGCUGUUCGAGCUCCGGCGCGAGCACUACCACCGGCGGUACGGUAAGCCGAAACAAACAUCAUCAUCAUCAAACCAUUUCUCACACAACCAACAACAACAACAUCAGCAAUAG